UGUCGAAUCCGGUGUCGGCCAUUUUAUCUGAUCUGCUGUCGUCGUUCGUCGUCGACGUCGUCGCGUAACGAUCAUCAUUUUCGCGUUCUAAUCUCUAUCUCAUAGUUCGAGAGCUGCCUCUCAUUUACGGCACUUGCCGUCUGUACGUCUGUAGCCCGUAGUCGAUAGCUAGGAUACCGGGAAUUCCUCGCAAUUUACGUAUCUCUUUCUUGUCCGCAAGCAGCGUGAAUUCUGUGGUCUGCUAAUGCGUGGCGUUUCAGAGAGCUCCCCGACUCGCGCAAUGGCGGAGGAUUUGGAUGUCGAGGCGAUGCUGGAGGCGCCGUACAAGAAAGGGGUAAGCCUUGUUUCUCUGUCAAUUUUAUAUCGAUCUUUUAUUACCUCUCUCUCUAUCUCUUUCUCUCAUUUGAUCUCUAUCCGCCGUUUCGCUCACGCUCGUGCAUCAUUAUAUUGGAUGGCGAGACGUGUCUCUUUUCUCUUUUUUUUUCUCAAUAUAUGCACAUUAUACUCGCCGCCGUAUGAGAGAAAGGGAACCCAUCACCGCUCCUCCAUCCCGCUGUCUCGCUCUAUUUUUUUUUUUUACUCUCUUUUUCUCUGUGUGGUACUUGGAUAUAGUUGUACACGUGUAUAUGUAUAUGUAAUCUAUAUAUGUAGAACAAAGUACGCCCUUGUGUCUGAUGUACCAACUAUUGAUCAACACCUCCGUUUUCUGUACUUAUAGAUGGUACGUAACAUGUACCCUCGCGCUCAUAGGAUGUGCGCCAGCGAGUUCCUUGCACUUGAAAGACGACGAGGAGCAGGACUCCUCUUCCAAAGACAAGUCCUCCAAGGAGAAUGGGUCUAGUCGCAAAUCGUCUGGGAAGAGCAAACAUCGCUCGCGUUCACGUUCACGAUCCCGAGAUCGCGAUCGCCGAGACAACAAAGAUCGACGGGAUCGCGACAGAGACAGGGACCGGGACCGCGAUCGGGACAGAGAUCGGGGGGAUCGCGACCGCGGCGAUCGUCGGCGUAGAUCGAGAUCUCGCGAGAGACGGGAUCGAGAUAGGGAUCGUGGUGACACCGAUCGGGAUAGGGAUAGGCGAGACAGAGAUCGAGACAGAGACAGAAGGAGGAAGAGAUCACUAACACCGUUGACCUUGCCUAGAGCCCGACCACCAUUCGGUAAAGGUCAUAGUCCACUUGGAAUAAAUGAUGAGUUGACACCAGAGGAACGAGAUGCCCGGACUGUCUUUUGUAUGCAAUUAAGCCAACGAAUUCGUGCGCGUGAUUUGGAAGAAUUCUUCUCAAGUGUCGGCAAAGUACAGGAUGUAAGACUUAUCACAUGCAACAAAACUCGAAGAUUUAAAGGCAUUGCCUAUGUGGAAUUUAAAGAUCCAGAGAGUGUGACACUUGCUCUUGGUUUGUCGGGUCAAAAGCUUCUUGGAGUGCCUAUUGUAGUACAGCAUACACAAGCUGAAAAGAAUCGUAUGGGUAAUUCAAUGCCGAACUUAAUGCCUAAGGGACAAACAGGACCCAUGCGAUUAUACGUAGGAUCUUUGCACUUCAAUAUUACGGAGGACAUGCUUCGCGGAAUCUUUGAACCAUUUGGAAAAAUUGACAACAUACAGUUGAUUAUGGAUCCUGAAACGGGGCGCAGCAAGGGUUAUGGUUUUCUGACAUUCAGAAAUGCAGACGACGCGAAAAAAGCGUUGGAACAGCUAAAUGGAUUCGAACUCGCUGGUAGACCUAUGAAAGUUGGAAAUGUAACAGAAAGAACUGAUCUGAUUCAGGGACCUUCCCUACUCGAUACUGAUGAGCUAGAUCGCAGUGGAAUUGAUCUAGGAGCGACUGGAAGAUUACAACUGAUGUUCAAAUUGGCGGAAGGUACUGGCCUGGAAAUUCCUCCCGCUGCAGCGAACGCAUUAAAUAUGGCACCAGUAAUGACGCAGCCACAACCACCGCCUCAGGCCGCACCUCCCAUUGCGACACAGUGCUUUAUGUUGUCGAACAUGUUUGAUCCACAAAAUGAGACAAAUCCUAACUGGGCAAAAGAGAUUCGCGAUGAUGUGAUCGAGGAAUGUAACAAGCACGGCGGUGUCCUACAUGUAUACGUGGACCAAGCAUCACCACAAGGCAAUGUUUACGUGAAGUGUCCGUCGAUCGCAACUGCCGUGGCGGCGGUGAACUCGCUGCAUGGCCGAUGGUUUGCCGGUCGCGUCAUAACCGCAGCCUACGUGCCGGUGGUAAAUUAUCAUUCGUUAUUCCCCGAUGCGAUGACCGCGUUGCAACUAUUGGUGCCGAGCGCGCCACGAAGAGGAAUGUGAUAACCUUAAACUAACGAGCGAGCAACAAUCGUCUAUGAAAAUUAUCGUGCAAAUCCUUGCGUAGUAUUGCGUUCUCUCUAUCUCACGUAUUCUUGUCUGGUGGAAACGCAUUUUUUUAUUCGUUGAUAAGACGCGGAAAGGAAGCACCCUAAGAGCUAUAGUAUACAGAAAAACUUGAGCAGUAAGUUAAUCAGGUAAUCAAGAACUUAAGGCAUAACGUAACGGUAGUAAAUCCAAACUGUUUAUUUCCUUACGUCAGACUGCUCAAGUUUCUUUGUGUGCCAUGACCUUAACAGGUUUCAACGAUUAUGUGUUGUCACUUGUGUCACGUUGCAUAAAUUUGUUGUAACAUUGUAAAUGCGAUAAGUUCGAUUAGUUUCAUGGCACGUUCGUGUGAGUUGAUGGUAACCAAAAUUUGUGACGAAGUGUUAUGUGAGUUUGUUUGACUUUCAUCUGAAUGUUCAGACACAUGUGAAUUAAAAAGGAUAUAUGGAUCCUACAAAAUAUAUGAUUUUUAUGCCACGUUGUACAUAUAUUUAUAUUAUAUCAUAUUUUUUUAUUUAGUUUUCCCUUGUAAUAUGAAGCAAACCGAUUGUUCUGAUGUUUUGUGAUAUAAUGGAUAUUACGAAAUUGAUAUUUUUUUUUCUUUUUAAACUAGUGAGGAUACAAUGUAAUUUUGAAGUCAGUUUUUCUGCGUAAAAAAAUAUGCAUAGUUAUUCAUGUCGCGUAUGAUAAUUGUAUUAUUCAAAGCACCAACAAUAACAUGAUUUACAUAAUUUAAUUUUUGAAUAAGGACAAUCCAUGUUUGUUUCUUUAAAAAUUACAAACACCUAAGUGUUCAUUAGCGCGACAUGUUUUAUUUUAUGUAUCAAUGUAUUAUGUUUCGCAAUUGAAGUAGCAUAAUGUAUUUCCAAAUGUUUUCGAAAGAUAUUCAGCCAAUCGUUCAUAACAGUUAUGUUAAAGAAGGGAAGGCCUUAAUCCUUUCAGUCCUAAUCUAGUUCACGUAUUAAGUUUGUACCAAUAAUACACAGAAACAUCCAAAUAUUAAAAGAAUCUUGUCAAUCUUA